GCUGCUGUGAUGACAUUGUAGACUGACUGGGGAGACACAUCCUAAUAAAGAGACUUACUCCGACUUAACAAUGGCUACAACAACAGCAUACAGCCUUUGGAGGAUGUUCAUCUUAGUUACAUUACUUCUAUCGUGUGUACUGCGGCAAUCUCAGGCUAAUUUCACAUUCUCGUUGAAUGGCCAGAAUUUGAAUGUGCACGUGGACGGAAUACAGGUGAUCGCCCAUUCUCCCGGCACCCCCUUCCUGUUCGUUGGGAGUGGAGUGUCCUCGUUCAAGGGACACCUCGGUAAUUUCGUCAUCAAGGACUACGUGGAGGAACGAAUUGCAUUGAAAAAUGUCACCGUUAUCGAUGAUGCGGAAGGGAUGAUGCGAGUCCAGUUCCAUAGAGACGGAACCAUGAAGACAACGGUUACUUUCACUAAAGAGAACAGCAGUCUCGGUGACGUCAUAACUUUUGAGGACCUUCCCGGUGACGUCAAUCACAUCUGGGUACGACUACUUGCUGAUGAGAAGGAGCACGUUUACGGCGCCGGGGAGCAGUUUUCUUACUUUGACCUCAGAGGUCACAACUUCCCGUUGUGGAUUCAAGAGCAGGGCGUUGGGCGUAACAAGUCAACUGAAGUAACAUUCGAGGCGGAUCGACGUGACGGUGGGGGCGGGGACUACCACACCACCUAUUGGGCCGAACCAACUUUCACCUCCUCUAGGAAAUACUGCUGCCAUUUCGACACCACGAGUUAUUCCGAGUUGGAUUUCCGUUACCCGGAGUUUCACGAGGUCCAGAUCUGGAGCAAUAAGCCUGGCAAGAUCUUCUUCGGGGCGAGCGAGACGUUCACCGGCCUCGUCGGGAAACUGACGGCGUUCCUUGGUCGGCAGCCUGCCCUACCGGAGUGGACUUAUGAUGGCGCCAUUUUGGGUGUUCAAGGAGGCACGGCGGCCAUGUUGGAUUACCUUAAAUAUGCACAGGGAAAUUCAACUUAUGUGACUGGUUUGUGGAUUCAAGAUUGGGUCGGUCGAAUCAAAACUUCGUUCGGAUCAAGAUUAUUCUGGAACUGGGAAUGGGACAAGAAACAAUACCCUGACUUGGACAUUGAGAUUGUGAGAUUGAAGAAGGAAGGGGUGAGAGUCUUCGCCUAUAUCAACCCGAACCUGAACCGCGAGGGGGGUCUGUUCAAGGAGGCAGAUGAAAAGGAUCUUUUGGUCAAGAAUUCUACGGGAGAUACUUACGUUGUAGAUUUCGGGGAAUUCUUUUGUGGAAUUGUUGAUUUGACCAACCCGACAGCUGUAGAGUGGUAUAAGGGCGUUAUCACACGAAACAUGAUUGAUUUGGGGUUCGGUGGAUGGAUGGCGGACGUUGGGGAGUACCUCCCAACAGAUGCCGUGUUUUACGGCGGGCAGGCCGGGGAGGCACUCCACAACGAGUGGCCCGUUCUGUGGGCUAAACUCAAUCGUGAGGUGGUGGAGGAGGCGGGUAUGGUGGGCGAUAUCCUGAUCUGGAUGAGGGCAGGUUUCAGCGGUUCUCAGGAACACACCAUCGUCACUUGGGCGGGAGAUCAGUUCGUAGAUUUCAGUCUUGCAGACGGGUUGGCAUCGGUCAUACCGGCGGCUCUCUCGCUCGGUAUGACCGGGUUUGGGCUGACGCAUUUUGACGUGGGAGGUUUCACGUCGCUGUUCGGCAUCGGUCGGACAGAAGAGCUCCUGCUACGCUACGCCGAAUGUGCGGCCUUCACUCCCGUCAUGAGGACGCACGAAGGAAAUAGACCCGCGGAAAACUGGCAGUUUUAUUCCAGCUCGGAGACAAGCGUUAAGUUUGCCCGUCAGAGCAAAAUAUUCAACAUGCUGAAGGACUACACAAUUUCUGUAGUCCAAGAAAACACCGACUACGGUAUUCCUGCUCAACGCCCUCUAUUUAUGCAUUAUGCAAAUGAUGAGCGGUCUUUCUCAAUUAAAUAUGAAUAUUUAUACGGCCGUGACCUUCUGGUUGCCCCUGUUUAUGACGAAGGGGUGGAAUCGUGGUGGGUGUACCUCCCUCCUGACAACUGGGUGUUUCUCUGGGACGGCAAUGAGUACAGCGGUGGUGACGUCCAAGUAUCAGCUCCAGUCGGACAGAUUCCCGUUUUUUAUAGGAAGGGUUCCCCCUGGACUCAAGUCUUCAAAGAAAUUGCAAAAACCAAAGACUUUGCAUCGAGCAGUAGCAGGGCGCUCAGUUUUAAAGUUGUUGCAUUGAUGUCAGUCGUCUUCGUGGGAGGAUGGGUUACCUUCAGACGGCUAUGAUCAACCUUCUGUACCAGAGAGCACUUUGCCUUUUUUUAUUCACGCUAUACCUCCUUGGUGUAGACCAAAGACGAGCUCCUAACUCUUGUUUUUGAGAUAUAUAAUACAUUUUUUAACAAUGAAGUGUUAACGUUUAAUGAGCCUUCGAUAUGACAAAUCUCAUCCGGAAGUCGCAUCCAGAAUGUUUCUUGAAUGGCGGGAAUUCUGGAAGUUUAAAAGAAUACAGACCUGAAUGGAUCUCAUUUUUAUGUUAAAGAUUUUAUAAUAAUUUUUUUUUUAAAUAUUUUUAAGAAUUUGAAUCCUUUAAU